CUUUCUUGACAACAGAUUUUCUUCUACAGUGACGAAGAUAACAAGUACGAAUAUUGUAGCGGCGUCUAUGCAUAGAUCUCUUUUGCGACGAAGACUUUUUAUUGUGGAAGAUCAUGGUUGAAGGCGAAGCAGGGACGAAUAGAGAUAACGCGAUGAAGAUGCAGAACGAACGCGAAACAAGAACUGAAAUCGAAAUGGCAAGGUCGUCGAUCGGCGACGAAGUGACGACUUCACAGACUCAAGCACAAGCGCAUGAACCUCAAACGCCGGCUGAGAUCGCGGCUCCGAUGACUUGGUCUGAGAAUGUGAGCCGAGCGCAUUCGAGGACGAGUAGCCGCGCGGAGGAAGAGGAAGAUGUCGAAUUGCAAGCUUUUGCCUCGAGGCAAACGGAGGGGAAUUUUGCGUUGCGAGAGGAUGUUCCGCCUGAUGGGGGGUACGGCUGGAUCUGUACCCUCUGCGUCUGCCUCAUCAACGCUCACACCUGGGGCGUCAACGCCGCAUGGGGUGUUUUUCUGGCAUAUUUCCUGCGAGUCUCAACAUUUCGCUCCGCGACACAUUUGGAAUAUGCUCUUAUAGGAGGUCUCUCCAUCUCUCAGGCUUUAAUGGUUACACCCCUCGUGGCCCUUUCGAACGAGAAAUUCGGUACAAGAACUACACUUCUGAUCGGGACGUUUUUGCUUUCCGCUUCGAUGCUGACUUCCUCGUUCGCAACGGAAGUUUGGCAACUGUUUCUUAGCCAAGGAGUAUGUUUCGGAUGGGGAAUGGGAUGUUUAUACAUCACCGCUGCUGCUAUUCUACCACAAUGGUUCUCGAAACGCCGGAGCUUGGCUAUGGGACUUGCAUCUGCGGGAUCGGGGUUUGGAGGUUUGGCGUAUAAUUUGGGUGCUGGAGCCGGUCUGGAGACUUUGGGUUGGAGGUGGACGUAUCGCAUUUUGGCGAUUGCUACGCUGGUGACGAAUUUGACGAGUGCGAUUUUGUUGAAAGAUCGGAAUCGACUUGUCAGACCGAGCACCAAGGCUUUUGAUGUGAGGGAGUAUGCGAGGGUGGAGACGUGGUUGUUGAUCACUUGGGGGUUCAUGACGGAAUUGGGAUUUGUGGUCUUGUUGUAUUCGUUGCCGAAUUAUGCGCAGACGAUUGGGCUUUCGAGUCAGCAGGGUGCUGUGGUGGGAGCAAUGCUGAGUUUGGGGUUGGGCUUUGGAAGGCCGUUGGUGGGAUGGAUCUCGGAUGUUUUUGGACGCAUUAAUGUUGCCACGGGCAUGACCGCGCUUUGUGGGAUCCUCUGCCUUGGAAUCUGGAUUCCAGCCAAAUCUUACGGGGUGCUCAUACUCUUCGCGAUCUUAGGUGGGACCGUGGCGGGAACCUUCUGGGGAACUGUGGUGCCGGUCACCGCUGAGGUGACUGGUCUGCAGAGACUGCCCAGCACAUUUGGUAUGAUCUGCUUGCCACUUGUACUCCCAGCCACAUUUGGCGAAGGAGUGGCAUUGGAAUUGGUCUCGGCGAGCGGAUAUGUCAGCGCCCAAGUCUUCACGGCUUGCACUUUCCUCGCUGGAGCAGUGGCGAUUUGGCUUCUGCGCUCGUGGCAGCUACAUGAGUUGGCAAAGCGAGAGCAGGCCGACCAGACGUUCUCUAGAGUCUGGCUGACCUUGCACGGACUUUUUGAUCUAAAGAAAGUGUGAACAUCAAUGGCGAUGGUGGAAGAGGUUACCAAUGAGUUGGGGAAGCGACAAUCUAGGGCCAGAGUAGUGAACCAACAUCAGCAGUAUCGACCCAGUCGAACAAUUCUUAUACUUUAGAUAACAAAGAAGAUCUCAUCUACA